AUGUCUUCAUGUGGCAAGUCAAAUCGCCGACCGACACAUUGGGUCUCCACAAAUUCUCCGGAACUUAUGGAUGCUAGCCGGCGUAUUCCGGGUAGAAGCAAAUACAAUGAGACUCGCGAAAAUCUCAAGGCAAAACUACGUGCUAGCAUGAAGAUAGACCGCGAAGUCUGGCGGUCUCAUCGUAGAUUGGAAAUGGAAAUAGCCGCUGCCGUUGGUAAUCAUCGUAAGUUAUUCGGUCCGAUACGGGAAACAGGCAGCAGGAAACCUGGUGUUUGCAAGACAAUACGCGAAGAGUGUGGAGAGCCUACCCACAGCCUGUCAAAACGGUUGGAGCGUUGGGCUGAGCAAUUUGCAAUGCAGUUUAACCAAUCUGAGUUACCGCUUUCUUUUUCGUGCAUUGAGUGCCGUUCUCCAUGGGCCGUCUCCUUAGAUCCACCCUAA